CCUCAGUACUGUCUAACGCAUCCCUCGUAAGAGCCAACCAACCAAUAGCCAACAUGAACACUCAGCAGAUGGAGCAGAUGGGUCAGUUCAAGAUCACCGUGUGGGAGGAGGAGAACUUCCAGGGCAAGCGCUGCGAGUUCAUGCUGGAGUGCCAGAACAUCAUGGAGAGGGGAUUCAACAAGAUCCGCUCCAUGAAGGUCGAGAACGGACCCUGGGUGGGCUAUGAGUACCCUGAGUUCCAGGGCCAGCAGUUCAUCCUGGAGAAGGGAGACUACCCCCGCUAUGAGGCCUGGAGCGGAAACAGCGGCUACAGGACCGAGCAUCUGCUCUCUUUCAGGCCCAUCAAGUCCGCUAACCACAGUGACAGCAAGGUCACCCUGUACGAGUCCGAGGACUUCCAGGGUCGCAAGUUUGAGAUGUGCGAUGACUACCCUUCCCUGCAGGCCAUGGGCUGGUGCAGCAAGGAGGUGGCCUCCAUUAAGGUCAACUCUGGAGCCUGGGUGGCCUACCAGUUCCCCGGUUACCGUGGAUACCAGUACAUCAUGGAGAGGGACAGGCACCAGGGCGAGUACAGGCACUACAAUGAGUACAGCACCCAGGCUCACACCAACCAGGUGCAGUCCAUCCGCAGGAUCCAGCACUAAAGCCCUUCGACUCCACCCAGCCCGACACCACUCCCCACCCCUCCACCUCCGGGCCCGGCGCCCACCCCAGGCCCACCGGCACACUGAAGAGCGGGCGGCCUGGCUAUCCUUCUCUCUAUUGCAUAUUGUAUUG